UGUAGCCAAGAAAUUAAUCAAAGAACAGAAAAUCAAAUAUAUCGUAUCGAAAAAUGAAAUCUUUUACGAUGAUGAUGAUGAUCAUAGUACUGUUUUUGGGAGUGAUGUUGCAGGUAACAUUGGGUCAGGACAAUAGGAACAGGGACUCAUCAUCAUCAUGUAUGAGCAGGUUGCUACCAUGUAUGAAUUUUUUGAAUGAAGCAAGAGGGAAUCCACCAGAAAGUUGUUGCAAUCCACUAAGAGAGAUAAUAGAGAAAAUGCCUGAAUGUUUGUGUCAAAUGGUAAGUAUUAAAGGGAGCAAUGCAGCUGAAAGAGCUGGGAUUAAUGUUAAUGAGGCUCAAAUGUUGCCUGCUAAAUGUGGACAGCCUGUUAAUUACAUGGGAUGUCUUAAAGGAUCAUCAAGUUCAGAUUCAAAUUCAGCUGGCUACUCAAUGGGGACUACAAGCAUGAGAAUGUUGUUGGCUGUUGUUUCUCUGAUUUUAUUUCAAGCUUUGUGACUUAAGUUUUGAUUUUCUUGAUGGGCUCUGUUGAUAAUCAUUAUUAUAUUUUUACCUUUUUUUUU